GUGCAACGCUUUGUUGAACUGCCCACGUACACUGAGGUGAAUCCCGGAGAAGAUGCAUUACUCAAAUGCCGGAUAUCGGACAAGAAAGGAGUUUGUUCGUGGCAAAAAGACAAUAAGCCCGUUGGUAUAUACCGCGGAAAAUACGAAUGGGCCAACGAAGACAGUCCCAUGGGUGGUGACUGUUCAUUAUGGGUACGAGCGGCUACAUUGCAGCUAGAUGAUGGCCAGUGGCAAUGCCAAGUCACCGCCAGCAAUUAUGAUGUUCAGGACGCUCUUUCCAGUCCACCUGCAGCUCUCGCCGUACGAGUUCCUCCCCAAACACCAAGAAUACUUUACAAUGGAUCCCACGUGUUGCCCGGUCAGAAUAUUACUGUGCCAUCUGGUGGCCGUGCAACUGUCGUCUGUGAAGCUAGAUAUGGAAAUCCACCAGCUUAUAUUGAAUGGUAUUUAGAGAAAGAACGAUUGACAGCAUGGAGUCAAACCAACUCAUCAGAAGUGGAACGUCCCCGUGUGUGGGCGGCACGGUCGGUGCUCGAGCUGGGAGCGACGAGAUCUGCACACGGCAGGCAACUGUCUUGUAGAGCUCAUCAUCCAUCCUACCCAUCGCCUUAUUAUAGAGAUUCAUACACAAUGUUAGACGUGACAUUUGUUCCAGAAGUAUCCAUUGUUGGAGCAGAUGCAAGUUCUCUUGCGAGUCUGGAAGAAGGUUCCAGUGCAUUGACCCUUGAAUGCAGAGCUGAUGGGAAUCCUAGUCCUUACGUAUGGUGGACUAGAGAUGGACAAGUUAUCGCCACUAAUGGGGCCAAGCUUAUAAGAGCUCCAAUAACUAGGAAUGAUUCAGGUAUAUAUGGAUGUCAAGCAAGAAAUUCACUGGGAACAUCUGAUUCUGUUAAAAUAGAAGUUGACGUUAAAUUUCCUCCAAGGGUGACGUGGGUUGGACCAGACACAGUCGUGGAAGCAAAUCUAUUUUCGGAAGUUACAUUGGAGUGUAAAGCGGAAGGAAACCCGUCACCAUCUUACCAAUGGUACCAUAAUCCUAACUUAUCAUCAAUGAGCGGCCAUCUCGAUGAUGGGUACCCAAUAUCGUCGACCCCCCAACUAUUGCUUCACAACGUGUCGUACACUCAGCAUGGUCGUUACACGUGUAUCGCUACCAACCACAUCGGACUUGAAGAAAGGAGCCACCAGUCGGAAGCCGUCACCCUCAACGUGUUGGGCCCACCUGUGGGUGCAGACACUAGUGCGGCGCACGCUUGGAGCGGUGCGGAGGGUCGUGUACAAGCGUCCGUCUGCGCUGACCCGCCUCCUCGCCGCGCUGCAUGGCUCUGGGGCAGCUUGAGGCUCGAUGUUCCCUCACAUAUUGGUCGUUACAAAACUCUGGAGCCUACGAACAUCAAUGGCUGCUAUCGGUACACGCUGCUGAUCACUAGUACGAGUAUGUCGGACGCACGUGUUUAUGUGCUACACGUUGAAAAUGAACGUGGAUUCUCCUCUCAUUCGGUUGCUCUUACCGUGCAUGAGAAUUUUUCGCUAACAGAGACAGCACACGUGGCGCCGUUAAUCGCUGCUGCGCUGCUCGUAGCCGCACUGCUCGUUCUCAUACUGUGUCUCGUCGUGCGCUGCAGGAGAAGGAGAGAAAGCGUCGAAUACAAGACUGAUGAUUUAGAUAGUGAAAAGACAGUGCUACCCGCUGAUGCAGUGUACUCGCCGCGCGACCAGCCAAGGACCGCUGCAGUUUCGCGGGUAGGAGCUGGGGGUCCGGAGCGAGGCGUCGGGGGAAUGGGGGGAACGGGGGCGCGGUACUCCCCUGGCGCGCUACAAGUGCGUCGUGCAGCCGUCGUGCUGCAACCCCCCACCACCGUGUGAGCUGCACAGGCAGCAAUUUCGUCGUUGGAAAAAGAAGCCAAAGAAAACGUUUAUGCGGUACACGAUCCGCAUAUUCAGUACGAGUUAACUAUAAAUAAUCACGGGGAACCGCCUAAAUACUUAUCGCUGUCUAAGCCUCUAACACACCAAAGGACGCACGCUUUUGAUCCGCAACAUUUUAAAUUUAAUGAAAUUAAUAACAAUUACUAUAACGAUAAUAAUUUAUCUACAUUUAAAUCUGACCCAAGACAUAGAAAGUCUGAUAGAAGUAAUCGACGAAAUAACAAAAAUGAACAAAGUUACUCAUGUCAGAGCAACCAAGAUGUUAAGUAUUCCAUUAACCCACAAUUCGGAGUGGUUAGAGCUUCUGAGAAUAAUCACAUAACUGAUGCACAAAAUAAAAACAACCCUCGUAAUAGUUUUUAUAAUAAGGGUCGAAUAUACGAACGAAAUAAUUCGGGAAGAAAGAAUAAAGUUGUCAGGAAAACCCAAGAUAAAGAUAAUGAUUUUAAAAGGAUUGACUCUAAAAGAGCUCCAAAUGGAAGUAAAAAAGUUAAAAAUUUCGAAGUCCACAAUGAACCAGUGCAAGAGAAUGAAAAAGAACGUUCUUUUGAGGAACUUAAAGCGGAGCAAAAAGUACAAGACACAAAAACAAACUCGAUGCCUCGACCUGGAAAGGUUAAAGAGAUUGCAUCAAGAUUUAAUAGGAACAGUAGUGAAAAUUUGAGACAAUCGGUGAAAGAAAAAGUUGAGAGACCAAAGCCUAUACAGAGCUACGAUCAAGCUUAUUUGGAUCAUGUGUUCCCAGACGCUGUAGAAAUUUAGAAUUAUGGUGUAAUGUACGAGGAACAAUAAAUAGAUCUCUUAGUGUUAUGUGCUGUUCUGAGUGAUGAAUCUUUAAGUGUAAAUUUAAAAACAUUUUAGUACUUCUAAUCUAUAGGAUAUUUAUUGACGAAACUGCCUCUUUAUCACCUUAUACAUAAUUGCAGUCUUGCUAAUAUUAUUAUAUGAUAUAAAUCAUGGCCAUAUUGUUUUUAUGAUACAGUAGAUUUUAGAAUAAGAACAUUUCAUGACGUUUACUAAACUCAGCACAAAGACGCUUUUAUUAUUAGAUUUAUGAUAUAUUGUCUAUUUUAAUAACUUCAUGUUAUUAUUUUUAUAUUUAACAUCUCGUGUACUUAAAUAUAAUUGAUUUUUAUUUAUUUGUGAUCAAAUAUCUUGCUUUUCAAUAGUUUUAUGGUUCGUUACUGUUCUAUCUAUAACUUGUAUAGUUUCUUUUUGUAAUGUUUUGUAUUGUUGAAUUUUAACUGUAUUAAAUUUAUAAUUUAAAAA